UCUUCCGCACCAAAAAUGACCCAGCAACUAAGAGAUUUGCAGUUGGCCCACGCUCGAAAGCAGGCGGGACCAUCAUCCCCAAAUGCUGCCAAGAGGCUUUAUCGGAAUCUCUCUGGAAAAUUCAGAGUUAACUACAUGUCAUUUGAUGAAGGAAACUUAGCCGGGAAAGCUGAAAAGGAGAAACAGCGAAAAUCCUACCUGAAUUUUCAAGGCAAUGCUGCUCUCUUUGAGGCUGUUGAGUUGCAAGACCUGGACAAGGUGCAAGAGCUACUCAAGCAAUACAGUCUGGAGGAGCUGGAUCUUAAUACUCCUAAUAGUGAAGGUCUCCUGCCGCUAGAUAUCGCCAUCAUGACCAACAACUCACCCAUUGCGAAGACCCUCUUGCUGGCUGGAGCCAAGGAAAGUCCUCACUUUGUAAGCCUGGAGAGCCGGUCUUUACAUCUGGCAACCCUAGUUCGGGAAGCGGAACAGCGGGUGAACGAUCUCACCGCUCAGGUGGUGAAUGAGGUGCCCAACGCAGAAAGUUCAGAAAAAGAGAAACAACUGAAGGCCUGGGAAUGGCGAUACCGGCUUUACAAGCGCAUGAAUGCUGGAUUUGAGCAUGCACGAGUCCCGGAUCCACCUACAAAUGUCCACCUUUCAGUGGCCAGCAGCACCUCUGUCGAAGUGUCAUUUCAGGAGCCUUUAAGCGUCAAUUCAGCGAUUGUCACCAAAUACAAAGUUGAGUGGAGCUGCUCUCCCACAUUUUCCCCACCGCUGGGCGAAAUGGUGAUUGACAAGCUGAAAAAACUCCAGAUCACCAUCCAUGGCCUUGUCUCGGGUACAGCUUACUACGUCCAGGUAUCUGCCUACAACAUGAAAGGCUGGGGAGCCCCACAACCAUCAGUACCGCCCUGUGCCAUCCCCUCAAAUUGGAGAGAAUACGACGGGAGGGCUCCACGUCAGAGAGGACAGGCCGAAGCUCUGGACCACUUACUUAACCAGGUGAAGAUGGUGCACCAACACUGUGUGUGUCACGAGCCCUGUAAGAAUCAACCUCAGAGUAGAAAACAUUCCGUCUCCAAAAGUCUAAAGUAUCUCUUCCAUCCUGGUAGCAAAUUUUUAAAGACCCUAAAAAGGGGUCUCUAUCUCGCCUCCAUAUUCUACAAGGAUGACAAUAUUCUGGUGACCCCCGAAGAUCAGAUCCCUGUGGUGGAGAUCGAUGACACCUAUUCCUGCUUGCUUAUGCAGGAUUUCCUUUGGUUCACCAAGGUGUCGUGCAUGUGGGAUGAAAUCUUGUGGCUGCAACAGUGCGUUACCGUCUCCCAGUCUUCCUGUUCCUGUGUACUCCAAACACGCUUCAAAAUGCUGCUGGCCAUUUCACAAAUGCAGGGUCUGCUAGGGAUUCAAGACCUGGGUCAGGUGUUUUUUGAACCCAUCAAAGACAAGCAAGGGAACAUUUUGGUGGUCACCCUCAAAGAAGUGAAGUCCAACCAAACCUUUGAGAGCGUCCGCUGGGUCCCUGUCUCAAAACUGCAGACGAGUCGCAAGUCAAUCUCUUCCCCCGAAGAACCUACAGCUCUGGAUGUCCUUCUCAUGACCAUGCAGGAGAAGUUAGCUUACCACCAGAACAGCAGCCAAGCGCUUCCCCCUGGACUUUAUCUGGGAUACCUGAAGCUCUGCAGCGCAGUUGACCAGAUCCGAGUGUUGGUGCCUGAACAAUUGCCUAACAUCUUGUGUCAUGUGAAAAUACGGAGCAAUUCCAACGUAUCUAGAGAGGAAUGGGAAUGGCUGCAGAACCUGGCUAGCAUGGAAGAGCCCAUUCCCUCCAAGCAAGAACUGGAAACUUCCCAGCAGCUUUUUCUUCAGGAGCUCCAAGGGGCCAUCCGAGAGUUGAUGCAACUGGUCAACAUCCCACUUCACGAGGCCAAAGAUUUCCGCCUCUACAGUCAGGAAGUUCUGGACUUUGGACGGCAGGUCUCCUUUCUGUUACUUCUUCCCCCUUCAGAUGAUGUGUGUACUGCUCCUGGCCAGAAUAAUCCUUACACCCCUCGGUCCGGUUUCCUCACCCUUCCUCUUCAGAUCUUCGAGCUAGUCCAUUUCUUCAUUUACGACCAUGAGUUCAUUAGCCAGUAUUGCCAAAUAUCUGCAUUCCUGGAGCUGGAAUCUCUCCUUUCCCAACAAAACCUCCGGGAAGCCUUUUCAGACUCAGAACUAACUACGGCCAAACAGCGGCAUCAGCAAGUUCAGGAUUAUAUACAGCAAAUGGAAGAGAUUUGGCGAGAAAUGCGUUGGAUGAUGGACGCCUUGCAACAUGCCCGAUACAAGCAACCCUCUUGUGGCCUCCCACUGGUGUGGUUUGUCAAAGAAUCGAGCACAGCACAAAAUGAGAAAACUCAGUCAACCUCUUCUCAUUUAGACUUCCUUCCGUCGCCAACCCCAUCUCCUGAAAUGAGCCGUAAGCUCAACUCUGAUUCACAUGGGAUGUCAGAUGAGGAGGGCUCCUCGGAAGUGUUCUUAGCUACUGACAGCGACUACGACUCCAGCAGCGCCCAGAGCCCUCGGGAACUCGACCUGGUGUACUCUUCUUCUUCGGGACUGGAAUGCUGCAGGAGAAGAGCCACCCGCCCUUUGAGGGAUAACACCCCCGAUGUCCUCCAGAGCCACGAGCUCAAGAUGCCCACCAUGCCUCCUCCUAAGGAGCCUCCGCCUCUCUCAGAGCAAUACGACAGUGACUUCGUGCUUCCCAGCCGACAAAUUGAGCUGCUGCGCAUCACAGAGAAAAGGCAGGCCUACUGCGUCCGGACCAGCAGUCUGGAUUUCCCCAAGCCCUUCUGCCACGGGGCCAGGAAAUCUUGCCCCGGUUCGGUGGACAGCUCCCCAACCGAGAGCAGGACUGCUGGCCACUGUGGCUCCGUGCCCCCUGGAACGAGGCCCGCUUUCGGCUCCAGCCACGAUUGGCACGUGGAGAGCUCGGCUGUAUUUCGGACACGUUCUGUAGAGUGGACUCAGACCUUCCAGGAGAUGCCUGAGCCAGGACGUGUAGCAAACUGGGGCAGGUUGCCAGGUUCCUUCAUUGUACGGGUGUGCGCUCAGUAUGAAACGGGGCUCUCCAAAGAAACCAGCGUCAAGCUGCCCCUCACUAGCAAGAUGUCAGCAGAAGACAUGGUGAAAAUGGUGGUCCAGGAGACGAACGAGGCCUCACGCAAACUCCUGGGAAACGCCAACGCUCUCUGCUACAGCGAAGAACAGUUGAGCCACUUUGCGUUAGUGUUUGUAUCGGAGGACGUGGAACAGUGGCUCCCAAACAAUUUCCUUCCCCUCUCGCUCCAAAAGACCUGGCCCAACGGGAGAUUCUGUGUCCGAAUCAAAGACACCUCCCCUCUCUUGUUUCAGUAUGGUCCAGCCACAACAGUAUGAGGGAAAGGGCACCAGGAGGAGAACAAAAAAUGAAAACAAGGAGCACCCAACUUCCAACGAGCGGAAAGCUCAUCACCAAUGCUUCCUUCCGAACAGACAAUUUCGUGCCAGACGUUGUGGGCCAGAAGCGUAUUGGGCAGUGUGUUGCUUUUGUAUGUUUGUGUGCGUGCGUGUGUGCGUAUGUGUGUGCGUGUGUGUGUAUGCGUGUGUGUUUUAUUUUACCAAAGAGACAACAAGACCUGAUUGUUAUGACCUCAGUAAGUGAGGGCGAA